UUUUGGUGUUCGUUUUUUCAUUUUCAUUUAUUUUUAUUUUGUUUACUUUUCUCACGAAAGGAACUAACGUCCUCUCCCUCCAUCGCUUUGUAUCCCUCGCAAUCGCCCGACGGCCAAUACGAUUCGUGCGGCGGCUCAGCUCCCGGAGGGUGCCCAGGAUUUUUGUGGCGCUGUUGAAUGGCGUCGGAGGAUGUCGUAGGCAAGCGAAGCGACAGUGCCGUGUCGACGAUCGUUAAUCUGGCCGAGGAAGCCAAGAUUGCUAGCGAAGGAGUUAAGGCUCCCACCCACGCCGCUCUGCUCAGUAUUUGCAAGUCCCUCGCUGCCGGCGGCAUCGCUGGGGGAGUAUCACGCACUGCAGUUGCUCCGCUGGAAAGGCUAAAAAUUCUUCUUCAGGUUCAAAAUCCUCAUAGCAUAAAAUACAGUGGCACAGUUCAAGGAUUGAAAUACAUAUGGAGAACUGAGGGUUUUCGGGGAUUGUUCAAAGGAAAUGGGACCAAUUGUGCACGAAUUGUCCCAAACUCUGCUGUCAAAUUUUUUAGCUAUGAGCAGGCAUCCAAGGGCAUUUUAUGGUUUUAUCGCAAGCAAACUGGAAAUGAGGAGGCUGAACUAACUCCAAUUUUACGCCUUGGUGCUGGAGCAUGUGCUGGAAUUAUUGCCAUGUCUGCAACAUAUCCAAUGGACAUGGUACGAGGUCGGCUAACUGUCCAGUCAGAUAAAUCUCCUACCCAGUAUAGAGGAAUAUUUCAUGCUCUUAGAACAGUUUUUGUUGAAGAAGGGCCUCGUGCUCUGUAUAGAGGAUGGGUUCCUUCUGUAAUAGGGGUGAUACCAUACGUAGGUCUCAAUUUUUCUGUAUAUGAAUCUUUAAAAGAUUGGUUGGUCAAAACUAGACCAUUUGGACUUGUUCAAGACUCUGAGUUGAGUGUUACAACAAAGCUUGCCUGUGGGGCUGCUGCCGGAACUGUUGGCCAGACAGUUGCUUAUCCUCUUGAUGUUGUUCGUCGAAGAAUGCAGAUGGUAGGUUGGAAAGGUGCUGCUUCUGUUGUUACUGGUGAUGGAAAGAGCAAGGCACCACCACAGUAUACUGGUAUGGUGGAUGCUUUCAGGAAAACAGUUCGUCAUGAGGGGUUUGGAGCUUUGUACAAGGGAUUGGUUCCCAAUUCAGUCAAGGUGGUUCCCUCCAUAGCAAUUGCAUUUGUGACAUAUGAGGUGGUCAAAGACAUUCUUGGAGUGGAAAUGAGGAUAUCUGAUUGAUACAAUCCAAAAAGUUCAGUCUUUUGUCUGAACUUGAAUUUUAAUUUUGGUAAGAGUUUAUUAGGUUAAUGGGGGUUCACUAUGAGGUUGUUCUUUCUUUAUACAUGGGAAAUUUGGUAAGUUUAGAGAAUGUUGAGAUAGCUUAUCCCAUAGCAAGCCUUUUCUUUUGUUUUAACUUCUAAAUACAAGUACUCCCAAUACUUCCAAUAAAGGAUGUCAUCCCACACUCUUCUUUUGUAACUGAAGUUAAGAUUUGCCCAGAAUUUUAUGCAACUGGUUGUUGAUAUAUAAUCUGUGUAUUUGUUGUGAUGCCAA